AUGUCCCUCUUCGCCGCGUUUAACGCCGACGCGCCGAGCGCGGAGCCGUUUUCGUUGAGAUUCGGUGCGAACCCCAAGACGCUGGAAUUGGUCAAGUCGCCCGCGAAAGGCUCGUCGCCGCGGCGCCCGUCGUCGACGGCGUCGCCGACGAAGACGAAAGUGAAGGUGAAGUCAAGGUCGACGCGGUCGGGGGCGGUGAGCGCGCGAACGCGGCAGGCGCUGCCGGGAUCGGUUGACUUUGUCAAGGCGCGCGAGCAGCCGCGGACGACGAGCGGGACGAAGCGUAAGGCGUCGUCGAGCUUGAACGGGAAGGCGAAAAAAGCGGUGAUGAGCCCGCGAGCGCGGACGGUGCCGACGAAGAAAAGCAAGAAAACGGAUAACUACUUGUUCUUGACCGAGGGUGGAGAACUGUCGGCGGCGACGGAGGAGCUCUCGGCGCGCGUCGCGGCGCAUUCGCCAGGGAUGUCGCCGCUGAAACGGCAGGAUUUGGAGCUGAGCGGGGUCGAUAAACGUGUUCAAAAAGUGAUUCGUUCGCUGACGUCGGAGCUCGCCGAAACGAGUGGGAAGAAUAUUCCGAAUCCGAGGGGCGCAUAUAUGAAGCGCGUGACGCUUGAACCGUCGAGUCGGAGUCAAAACAAGCCGUUUGAGGACGAUUCGUUGUACAAGCCGAGCAAGGUGGUGGUGCCUUUAAAGCAUGCGGCCAAAGGAUCGGUGGAAUGGUGCUCCAACAGGCGUCUUCAUGCACUUUGCGCGCCUGGUGCGUUGAUGGAUAUCUCCUCGCGAUCAUUGACGAACGAGACCAAGGAGCAGAUAUCGCACUUUUUGCGCAAAGCGACACACGUUGAGGAGUUAGGAGAAUCGUACAUUCGCGUACGAUUACUCGAACAUUACCUCGACCUGAGCGGCUGGACUCUCUCUACGGUGGAAGUGGUGUCACAGCGCGAUAGGCGACCACAGAAGAACGGCAAACUUUACGGCUCUCCAGAGCUCGUCUUCAACCUAACUGAGGAGGCUGCGUACGGAUGUCUGCGGCUUUUCAGAAGCGUGAACGUAACCAUAUCUCGAAACACCCUGGUCAGAGAAGACAGGGGAGUUUCGCAACGUUCCAACGACUCGGGGAAGCACGUGGGACCGGAGACUCCUCCAAGGGAGCUCUCACCUUCCGCGAAACAAGCUGACGGGCAGCGACCGUCUGGAUCAUCCGAUCAAAGUUUGCCAAACGAGAAUACAGAACGACAUUCAUCGAAAUUAGCGACCGAUGAAGAUCACACGGACGGCGGCGAGGAGGAGGAAGAGGAGCAAGUGGAAGAUAGGCGGCCCGCGCAGGAAAUGCUUCCCUCACGAGAAUUUGCAUCAAAUGCUACUCAGCCGAAGAUGCUGCAAAUCGUCGGCGAAGUGAACGGGUUCGAGAGCCAGCGAGGGUCGACUCCAGUGAGAGACGAGAACGGCGUCCUGGCUGAUCGUUUGAAUGGGCAACUGCGUGAUUUUUUCGACCGGUUACAGCACAGGCAACGUAUUACCGCUACGUCUCAGCGACAGGGCGAUAACAACGGAAUAACGUACCCAUCUCCGAACGACCAUCACUCACAUGGCCUUCAUGCCAUGCAUUUACAUCAACAGCCGCUCUCUGCGUCGCCAAAUGUACUUCCGACUGUGUAUCAACCGCCGGUCCCUGCGCCGCCAAAUGUACUUCCGACUGUGUAUUACCUUCCUGUUCCAAUUUCGCCCCUCGGCGCCACCAGUGCAAUCACAGAGGCGAUAGUGGGUGGCAUAAGACUGCGAAUCACGCAGGAACCACUUGAUGGGGGACAGGUAACACGUGCCGGCGCGGUUGCAGAAACCGCGCACGCCGUUCCGGCUGACUCAGACGCCUUUUCUGACGUGCGACGAGAGCGUCAACUUGCGAUGAACGCAAAACACUUGCAGUUCAAGCAAGCAACGGCAAAGGCGCAGCAACACACGCAAGAGGACGACGAUAACCUUCUAGUGGCGAAUCUACUGAUGUUGAAAACGUCCAGAACGAGUAAGAAAGCGAAAGCUUCCACCUCAAAGCCGAUAAAGAAAAAGCCAAAACCAAAGCAAACGCAACGCCCGCGAUGA